CUGUGAUACUCGAAGUUUUGUAUCCCAAACUUAAUUUUGUUUUAAGAAACAGAAAUUUUUGAGCUUUUAAGAGAAUCUUUGUCAUGCAGUGAAGAUGGCAAAUUAUACAUAUUAAUAACGAUUUUUUCAGAAGCACCUCGAAUUUGAGAAAUUCAUUAACCAUUAAAAAGAUAAAAACAGGAUUAGAUUAAUAAAAUAAUCGAAAGGAUACAACAGAGUCAAUAUCGACUAAUGUAAAUUACUUUUUCUAAGAUUAGCUAUUCUUGCAAUUCCACCUAUUGUAUACAUCUAUAGAAGACCAUUUUUCGAGAAGUGGGGAGUGGAUGGUCGAUAUUACCUGCAAAUCACCUUACUUUCGGAAUAGAGUAGCGGUAGUCACAUGUUGGCUGCCGUCACGUGAACUCUGUAUUGGAUUUUUUCGAUUGUCGCGCCGUUUGUAAUAAAAUGUGCAUUCGAAACAGUAUGAAAAACUUCAAACAUAAUAUAAUAAAUUAUAGCGUUACAGUUAAAAAAGUGUGAAAUAUGUUACUAUAGUUAAAAAAGUUUUUGUCUCACUUAUACACGAAGAGAGAAGUAAAAGGCCUGUCGCUUGCGUGACUCGAUGAACGAUCCAGAAUCAGAAAAACAAUCCUCGUGGAAGACGAUGAAGGACCCAUGGUUUCCUUCAGACGAGACGUAACGGUGGUAUGUCCAAGUGCCUGGAGUUUACUUUAUCUAUGACAGGAUCGACGAAUUCGGGGCCUCUGCAGCCCCAGAAGGAUUCCUCGCCACUUCCGGCACGAUCCUCUCCCCUCGAUCUUUAUUCGACACCUGAGAGCCCAACUCGUCGAGCUCACCGUCAACGACACUCUCGAAAGAUGACAUUGACCUCACCGAACGGCCAACCAAUACAACUGACUCCUCUCUGGGAACACGUGGUACGCACCCGAAAAUUUCCAAGCGAAGUGGAUACCCAUUCGACAUUCCUGGAGAUAUCCGAGAGACUGCGUGAUCCAGAAUGGGAGGUGCGCCAGCACGCUCUUCGUGUGCUUAUAGACGUGUUACCGACUUUGAAUGCUGACAUCGUAGACAAGGUCAUGCAACCAGUGGUACCCGAGCUGGUCAAUAAUUUGGGUCACUCUGCGCCCGCCGUUCGUAAAGGCGUCUUGGACGCCUUCCGAGUUUUUCUCAUUCAUAGUCACGACAGAGAUAACACUAUUAAAAACAUUCUUCAGGAUGGGCUGAACCGUUCGGAGGUACGGGACUCCUUCCAGACUAACGUGACAACCGGUGUGAUCUUAAGCGUGCCUUCGUUGCUAUUUCCAUCGACCAACAGCCCAUUGCCUGCUCCUCGACUCGUGAAGGACGCGACGAUAGCUCUAGCAUCGCGUUUAGCUCAGGUACCGCAUCAGGAAGCUGUAUUAAAAUCGUUAAUGAAGAUCCGGGACGCAGUUGGCAUAGCAGAAUUCGAGAGUUACUUGGAGGACUACGACAACAAGCUGAAAAGAAAUAUUGAAAUCUUGUCCAAGAUCUACAAUGUAAAAUCUGCUAAGAAAAAUCCUAAGAAAGAUACAGGUGUUAAGAACGUGGAGAAAGUGGAGAAUAAAGACUUGGAAGGUAAAUGGGAGAGCGAUAGUGACACUUCCGGUAUUGCUGAAGAAGAGGACGAAGUCAAUAGUACGACUAUGCCUGCUGCUAGGAUCGUAUUAGAAACAGAGAUUAAGUUUAACGAGGAAACAGCCAUCACUAUGACUAUUCUUGAAGAAAAAGAUGACAGUGAACAGGAGCAAGAUGGAGAAGAAGGUGGAAUUGAUGUAAAAACCGAAGCUGAAGGGAAGGAAGACCCUAAUAAAAGAAAAACGCCCAGAAGAGUUCAUUUUGGGGGCGAAAUUGUUAAACUAAGAACUCCAGAUAGUGAUGAUACAGAGUCUCUGGAAUCUACUCCUAAAACUAAGAUUCCACUUCCGGUUUCUCCUGUUACCAAAAUGCCCAUCACUCGACCUAGACCUUCUUCUCAGCCCUGUAGUCCUCAUAGAGAGUCUGGCAAGCCUAGAAGGGCGUCUAGGUCUGUUUCUAGUAGCCCCAAAAGAGAAAUGUAUACGUAUAAUGCGGAUCUGAGUCCUAAGAAAAGUAUUCUUACUAGGACUAACAGUCCAUUGCUUAGCGGCGCUAAGGCUCUUGAGCAGUUGAAGAAGAAGAAAACCGUGAAUAGAUCGGAGGAUAAAGAUGGUAAACAUAAUACGGACCAGAAUGGAGACGUUAAGAGCAUGAAGAUUAUUGAAAUGGGUGGAAAGGUGGAAGAAGUUAAGAAGGAAGAGAUUAGGUUGGUUCAGAAUGCUCAAAAUGUCAUUUUGGAUUCAAAUGUAAAGAAUAAUUCUGAAAGUUCUGAAGAUGAGAUUUUAUGGAAGAAUGAAAAGCAAAAUGUUUCGUUGACAAUGGAGCCCGUAAUUUUUAAAACCUCAAAAUUAGAAUCUGGCGAUUUUGGAACCCAAAAUAAGAAAUUAGAUGUUAAUAGGAAAAGUAAUUUAGAAAAUAAAAUAUCCGAAAAUGUUCAGAAGAAGAAUACAGAAGAGGAAACUGAAUCUUUAAAAAAUUGCCAGGAAGUUGAUUCUUUCUUUGGUUCUGUGGUGAAGAAUAACGAAAUGGAACAGAAUUAUUUGAGAAUAAAUCAAGAUCAAAUUAAGGUGAACGAGAAUGAAACUGUGCAUAAAGAUUUUGCGAAGUUAAGAGGUUGCAUAACGAGUAGUUCGAGGAACGAUAAUGGUGAUCGUGAGUCGUUGAGAAAUGUUGAUUGUGAACGAACGUCGAGGAGUGAUCGCGAUAAAGGGGGUGCGAGUGUAAUUGAGAAAAGUAGCAAUACUAUUUAUGGGGUUGACGAGAUGGAAUCUAUAGCAGGAGAACCAAGCUGGGAGGAACUUGGACUGGUUGACCAGGAAGUGUUAGAGGAUCUGCAUAAUAAAGACGACUGGCGUGCUCGUGUCAGAGGUUUAGAACGAGUAGCGUCCGCCUUGCGAACGUCUUCUGCUCUGAUCGCGAUAGAACCGCGAUUAGGAUCUCUUUUGCAUGCAGUGCUGGGCUGUGAAAGGAGCUGUCGUGUAGCUGCUGCAGGCUUGGCCGUGGCGAAGGUAGUCAUAGCUGGAGUAAGUGAUGAGGCUUUGAGAAAACGUUUGCCACAAUUGGCAUGGGGUUUAGCGAGACACGGUGGUCCAAGCGCGGCUCAAUUGGCCAGGAUCACGAUGCUUAGGCUCAGACCUGCUCUUCUUCUAGAACAGUUUCUGCAGCCGCAGUGUUUGAAUGCAAGAAAUGCCAAGACUAGGGAAAAUACCUUACAGUUGUUAAUUUUCUCGCUGGUAACGUUUCCAAGUACAGAAUUCAAAGUGGAUGCAGUGGCUAAUAAGGUGGCUAAGAUGGUGAGAGAUCGACGACGCAGGGUACGACAGGCAGCGCUUGAUACUUUGGCUGUAUUGGCUCAAAUCUAUGAGUCCGAGGAGGUAUUAGCAGCGGGGAAACGUGCAUCAGAGGGUCAUCAUGAUGGGGAGGCGAUGAUGUCUGCCAUUAGAGCUCGUCUGGCACGAAAAUCUUUGCCUUUAGUCUCUGCUGACGGUCUUGUCAUGUAUGGUUUGCAAAUUUCACCCAACGUUCAAAUAGCUACAGGUCCUGAUGUCGAUUGGAUCGUGGCCGGAAGUGGCUCAAUCUCACCCAGUAUCGGACGUACUAAAGGCCAGGUUAUAGCAACGAGGUCAGAAAAGGAAAAACUUGCAAGUAUUUUCUUUAGAAACGAAAGUGCAAAUUACCGUGAAAACCUAUGGAGCGAUAGACAAAAUUUCGUUGCACUUGGAGUCGGUAUGCGUUCUAAGCCAGAACAACCUGUUGUAUGGCAAAUAGUUCCAACACAAAAUCAGAACAUACAGUGUGAAGAUGAACUGAAUUUGCAAGCAAAUCGAAAUAUAAGCGCAAGUAUCCGAAAUGGUGAAGCUUUCAAUGCAGACGUAAAAUCUCGAAAUCAAGCGAAAAUUUCAGGAAUUACUAAAGAAUCUGCGAAUUAUCGUAAUAUCAUCGAAAAUAAUUUUGAGAGAAAGACAUAUAUGUUUCAGGAAAACAACAAUAAAACGGAAUCUAGAAUUCCUGUACUGUAUACUCGAGAAUGUGUACCAAAGUCUAGUGGCCUCCUAAUGGAUAAAUCGUCUAAUUCAGAACUAAUGAAUGUUAAUUUAAAAAGGAGACUAAAGGACAGCACAGAAAACUCUAGCGACUGCGCAAAUUCUCAAGAAGAAAAUGUUAGGAGCUGUGGGACUAUGUAUUAUCAAAGAAGAAGAAAUCAGCAAGAAAAAAGUACAAGUAUGCAUCAUGACAAUUAUCGAUCAGUGAAAAAUGUAAAUAAUGCGAACAUAGAUAGUAAUAAUAUGGAUGAACGUACGAAUCAAACAUUUUCGGAUGGUAACUCUAGAAUGUAUCAAAAGUUUAUGGGAAGAGAUCGAUAUUCAAGGAAAUCCGAUGUCAAGUCUAAAUAUCCUCGGUCGAGUUCUAUUGAAAGCAAUCAGCCUUCACUAUCGAGAAAUAUUCAUCAACAAACAUUUGUUAUGCAUAAUAUCUACAACACAUCUUCACAUCGAGAGGGGCGGUUUGUGGAUGAAAAUUCCUUUCGACCAUUACAAACAGCUCCUGCAUUAACAUAUGGGUAUAAUAAAAUUGAAGAAAAUAAUGAUAAAAAUAUAUCACGGAUGAGAUUUUAUCGUAAAACGAAAGAUGUAGCUGCUCAAAAAAUUACGGAUGUCGAAGUAAUAUCAUCAGAUGCCCAGACUAGUGAAUAUCUUCCUGCAAUAUGUCCCGAAACCCCUUACAGAAGAAGAUUACGUUCUCUGUCUCCAUCCCAAUUGUAUCACCAUCAACAUUUUGCUAGAACAGCUUCUCAUGAAGUCCAUGCAUUGUCCAUGUUUGAUAUAGAUAAAGCAGUGAACGAAGAAGAAUAUAAUGAAAAAAAUAAACGUCACUUUCUACCAGAUGACCAUUUUGGUGCGAAAACAGUAGAUGCAAUUGAAGCACAAUAUGAAGUGGAUAACCAAGAACUUUCAUCAUCAGACGCCUUAGAAAAUAACUACCAGCAAGAUACCGAACAAGACGUACAAGAUACUCAAGAUGACAGUGAUUCCAGAUCGUCUACUCCCGAUAGACAAAAUGUGGACGCUGCAUUUGAUAUUAUCACCGGUCAAUCGAGUCCUUCUGGUCGAGACACCGUCGAUUUUAUUAUUACAUUGGACCAAAAAAUUGAAACUGGAACCGAAGCAACGAUUACGUCGAUCGAUGACGAUGGAUCCAAAGACUGGAGCAGCGAAGAAGAGCUAAAAUUUGAAAGUCAAAGCCGUAUGGUAUCCAGAAACUCGGAGCGCGUUAAAUAUCUUGAAGAUAAUCAAAACGAGAGCGAAUUCAGCACGUCAGAUGAAAAUGCAAGAACAGAUGAGGUGUCGAGCGUCCAAGAAAGAUCUAUUGUAUCCAUUUUGACGGCUGAACGAGCGUUAGUAAAUGAAAGCUUGCAAACAUCCAGUGAUAUUCUGCAUUCGGACUUUCAAAAUGAAGAGCCAUCGCUUUCGAGAAUGUCCAUCAGUCCUAAAAAAUCCAGUCGAUCGCCAAGUAGAAAUUCCGUCGAUUUUGAGACAUCGAAGUCACCAAGGCGUAAUUCUCGAGGCAGUCCGCGUAAAUUGAGUUUUGAAUUGGAAGAUAAAGAUUCGGCAGACUCGGGUGAAGACAAAACAGUUUCUUCUACGGUGCAGUGCGAUUCUAUCCAAUCGGAAGAACCAACCCAGUCACGCAGGGGAUCGAAAUCAGAAGACUCCCCAGCCAUCAUCAUUGCCUCCAGACCUCAUUCAUCCACUGAGGUUUCCAAUUACGUUGAAAGUCAUUUAAAAAGUGCUAUCCAAAUAGAAGAAAAUGAUAAUGCCCUCAGGUUUGUUAAUGAAUCUAAUGAGAAUAAUAAUUUGGAAGAUGGACAAAGUAGAGAUAGUUCCAGCGAAACGAAUACGGAACCAGGAAUUUUAAAGAUCGAAAGUCAAUCUGUGGAACCAAUUGUUACGACUAAACGAAAGCCCUCCAGAGUUCCUCGGGUUACAGUAAGAGGUCGAAGCAAAGGAAACUCGGAGAAAACGGAGAAGAUAAAGCCGACAGUACAACAAUGUUUUGCUCAACUUGAGAAUAAAGACUGGGAAAUUACUAUGAAAGGGUUAAAAACUUUGUCCCAGAUCGCAAAACAACAACCAGAAUACCUGGACGUAUGUACUGCCCCAACGAUAAGCCGGCUUUUAGGUCGCCAAAUAAAAAGUCUCCGAUCACAAGUGGCGAGAACCGCAUGCUUGACCGCUGGCGAUAUUUUUAGCUCGCAAAUUCGUGGCAUAGAUCAAGAUUUCGAUGAUAUAGCCGGGUCAUUGCUCCACAGGACAGCAGAUACCAAUCGAUUUCUUCGGGCAGACAGUAACGCAGCCUUGGACCGAAUGAUAGAACAUCUUCCACCUCAUAAAACAAUUACUGUCAUCGUACUACGUGGUGCAAGUCAUCAAAAUGCCAUAGUAAGAGCAGCCACGGCUAGAUUGUUGGCUUCUAUAGUCGAUAGGAUAGGACCAGAACAUACUCUAAUUUUACCGAAGGACGUGAAGGAUAAGCUACUUUCUACGGGUGCAAAGUUAUUAAUCGAUGGAAAUCUCGAUACUAGAAACCACGCAAAAAGGAUGUUCCGACGUCUUUCGCACUGCGAAGGAUUUCGAAAAGCUCUAACAGAUGCCGUGCCGGAAACAACUUUAAGACACAUCGACAAGACCCUGAAAACCCUUUAGUCAACCAAUUGGUCGUGUAAUCUCGCACGUCACUUUGCCAUCUAGAUCUAAUUCAUCCAAUGAAACUGCUUUUUGCGAAAGGUGAAACUGAAACUAUUAAUUUGAGUUUCAGUAAUAUACUCAAUACGAUCUUCGUGCACGGGGAAAAAUGAUAGAAUCUCACGUAGAUUAUGGAAAAAAUUUUCACUUUGUUGGUAUUUUUUCCUCUAUGCACGAAUACGUAUUUCUUCCCUGACGUUUAAUCGCAUGAGUUCAGCUAUGGACGAGAAGUGGAAGCAUGAUUGCUCUAGUCGACUGACUUUAACUUUCCAAACAUUUUGAUACUCUGAUGUACAUCCGUACAUUUCUUUUUUAUACCAUUGUAUAAGCAGUGUACUUAGAAACAAGAGAGAAACUUAUUUACAUAAUGUGGAUUUUUAGGAGUUUGUUUUCCUGAGCCAUUGUCAUUUUAUGAUACGUUUGUGUGUGUCUCUUUCUUUUUGAUAAAACUUAAGAGAAUCUUCAAGACUUCAGUUUUUAAUAAAAUGUUUUUUUUGCAUCUUUUGUUAAGUGAAUAGAUAGCUGGAUAAAUUUCAAAUAUAUAGAAUUCACAUUAUGUAAAUAAUCUGUGCUCAAUUAUAAAAUAUAAGUAUCAUUCUGAAGAAAGAAAAGAACAUGUUAAAACUAGGAUAUGUAAAAUAAUUUUUACUUUUAAACCUAAAAGAUGGAGAAAUUUAAUGUUAUAUAACAUGUUAUUUAUCAAAUAAUAUUUCACUUUGUAGUCAACAAUUCGUUUCAGUUAGAUGAAAAUUAUUUUCGGUAACGCUUGUACUUAAAACAUUGUGCCUUAAGAAACCAAAAACUUUUAUUAUAAUUAUAAAAGAUUUAUACAAAGUUAUGUUAAUGAGAAUUACAUUUACACUAAUGUAAUGUAAUAAUGAUUUACUAAAAUCAUAAUGCUCAAUCUAUUAAUUAGACGAAUUAUAAUUUAUAAUAAUCAUUAUUGUUUAGUAAAAAUAUUUAUCGGAAGUUUCGAAACUUAAAAUUUAAUUGUUCAGUAGGUAUUGCAAAUUUUAAUAACGCGAAACUAAUUAAGAUUAUAAAAAAUGAAGGAAACAGUUUAUUUAAAUUUCUCAGAUAUUCACGUAUGUAUUUUCAUUCGAACAAACACUCGUCUCUACACACAAUUGUUAAUACAAUAAAAUGUGAUAUACGAAAAAUAGUAUUAUGUAUCGAGUUGUACCAAAAACUAAGUUUUUAAAACCACAUAAAUCUACAGAAGGAAAGAUUGAAUGGGAAUUUAAUAAUGUUUCGCUUUUUUUUUACUUCACCAACUCUUCUACAAGAAGUUGCAGGAAGAAAAUUAUAAGUAAAUUUUAUUGAGAGAAGAAAGGAAUACAUUGCUGAUGGCAAUGAUUCCAUUUCAAACAGACCAAAAUUCACUAUUGUUUAUUUAGAUAACGAUAUUACAAAUAUUAUUUACGUCAAAUAAUUGGAAUAUAUUACUUUAUAUUAUAAUAUAAAAUAUUACAUUAUAUUAAGGAUUAUAAUAAAAACUUCGAAGUAUCAAUAAAAAUUUAUAUUAACCAUUUUGAAAACGUUAUACUACGAUCCAUUUUUUUUUAAUUACAAUUUUUCAUAUGACUUCGUUCCUUUUUUCAUAAAACAACUGAAACACUGAAUUGAAAUGAUAGCUUCACGUUGAUUAUUAAUAUUAAAGACUUAUUUUCCCCUAGAAUGGAGGAGUGGAUUUCAAUGGGCGAAAAAAAUAUCAAGUUAACUAUACAUACCAUCGAAAAUAUCGUAAGUUUCGUGGCAAAAGGAGAAGAUUUUUUUAUAAUAUAAAAGAUUUUUUUUACAGUUUUUAAGUAUCUAUAUUAUUGAUCAUAAAUAAAUAUUAUUAAUAAUUUAAUAAUUUAUUAUUUAAAAAUUUAGAUAAGAAAGGAAGACACGAAC